CCCUCAGUGGGCGGAGCUUGAGCGUAACUCCUCCCGCGUACUGCGGCCUCCCCGCCUGCUGACGUGUGCGCGCCAGACUGGCAGCCCCAGUGAGAGAGAGCGGGGGGCGCGCACCGUGGCUCCCGGGAGCCCGUUCCACUUAUAACCCGGAGAGGGGCCACAGGGCUCGGCCGGACCAACCUCGCCUUCCCUGGGCUUGGAAUGUGAUGAGCGUAGGGGAAGCGGCGACACGGGCAGCCAUGAACGGGAGAAAGAAGAAGAGGAGACUGACGCCACCGCUGCUGCCGCAAUGGGUCUGUGCCUGCGGGGCUGUAGAGAGGAGAUACCCCGGUGUGUGCCUGGCGCUGCUCCUGGCCGUGCUGCUGCUCCUCCCGCCGGUUUCCGUCUGCACCUUGUGUGAGGCCGGCGGGCCCCGUAGGAGGCGGGAUACCCCUGCACUGCUCUCAGACCCUUUUAAUUCAUUAAGUCCACCUGUCCUUACUGAAGAUGACAGAUCCAGCCUUGAGGCAAUAUGUACAAUCCAUAAGCAAAUGGAUGAUGACAAAGAUGGUGGCAUUGAAGUAGAGGAAAGUGAUGAGUUUCUUCGAGAGGACCUGAACUACAAAGAUGCCUCCCAGAAGCACAACCAUUUGCACAGAGAAGAUAAACAUAUAACAGUUGAAGAUCUGUGGGCGCAAUGGAAAACCUCUGAAGUUCAUAACUGGACUGAAGAGGAGACUUUGCAGUGGUUGCUGGAAUUUGUGGAGCUUCCUCAGUAUGAGAAGAACUUUAGAGAGAAUUCUGUCAAAGGAACAGCUCUGCCAAGAAUAGCUGUUAAUGAGCCUGUGCUAAUGAUCUCACAACUUAAAAUUACCGAUCGGAGCCACAGGCAAAAAUUUCAGCUGAAAGCAUUGGACGUAGUGUUAUUCGGGCCACCAACAAGACCACCACACAACUGGGUAAAAGAUUUUAUCCUGACCAUUUCUAUUGUAAUCGGAGUUGGAGGUUGCUGGUUUGCCUAUACACAGAACAGAACUUCCAAGGAGCACAUAUCACAGAUGAUGAAGGAUUUAGAAGGUCUGCAGAAGGCUGAAAUAAGUCUUCUUGAGCUUCAGGACAGACUAGAAAAAGCUCAAGAAGAGAAUAGGACAGUGGCAGUAGAGAAGCAAAAUCUUGAGCGUAAAAUGAUGGACGAAAUCAGUGAUGCUAAACGUGAAGCUCAUCGGCUCCGGGAGCUGAGGGAAGGGGCAGAAUGUGAACUGAGUAGGCUCAAAUAUGCAGAAGAAGAACUAGUACAGGUUCGCAUGGCUCUGAAAAAAGCAGAGAAGGAAUUUGAACUCCGGAGCAACUGGUCUGUUCCCGAAACCCUGCAGAAAUGGCUUCAAUUAACACAUGAGGUGGAAGUACAGUACUAUAAUAUAAAGAAGCAAAAUGCAGAAAUGCAUCUUGCCAUUGCCAAAGAUGAGGCAGAGAAAAUAAAGAAGAAGAGAAGUACAGUGUUUGGGACACUGCAUGUUGCACACAGUUCCUCCUUGGAUGAGGUGGACCAUAAAAUCCUUGAAGCAAAGAAAGCACUAUCGGAGCUGACAACCUGUUUGAGAGAACGGCUGUAUCGCUGGCAGCAGAUAGAAAAGAUGUGCGGCUUCCCAAUAGUGCAUAACUCAGGUUUGCCAAACCUGACAUCCACUCUGUACUCCGACCACAGCUGGGUGGUCAUGCCUAGAGUUUCCAUCCCUCCUUAUCCUAUUGCUGGGGGAGUUGAUGAUCUAGAUGAAGACACGCCUCCAAUUAUUUCCCAGUUUCAUGGAUCCAUCAUAAAAACUCACGGGACACUUUCAAGAAGCAGCAGCGUGUGUCGCCAUCGAAGGAGUAUCGUUCCCCCUUCUCCCCAGUCCCAGCAAAUCCUUCAAUCACCCGAUCCUGAUAUCCUAUCAGUGUCCAGCUGUCCAGCUCUUUACCGCACAGAAGAAGAGGAGGAUGCAAUUUAUUUCAUUGCUGAAAAGCAGUGGGGAACACAAGACACUGGCUCUGAAUGUGACUCUCUAAGUUCUUCAGUGGGGAGAAGACAGUCCAGCUUUGAAGUGCAGCAGGUGAAUGCACGGAAGAUCUCAAGAGAGGAAACCUCUUGCGAGGAAUCUUUAUCCGGAGAUUCUCCUUCAGCAGCAGAGGCUCCUAAGGCAUGUCCUGAUGCCACGGGCCUGUCUGAGAGCCAGAGCAUGGUUUUCAGCCCAGCCAGUAAGGUGUACAAUGGCAUUCUAGAGAAGUCCUGCAGCAUGCACCAACUCUCCGGCAUUUUACCCUCCCCCAAGCCACCCUUACCACCUUUCCCUUCCAAUGCAAAUGAUAGCAAACCCGUUCAAGAAGUUCACGGAAUUCCUGUUGUCAAGACCACGCCUCUUGAGCUGUCCCAAAAUGGAGAGAAAAACAAAAAACAAUCAAAAAUCAAAGUCCUUUUAAAGAAGAUCUCAAAGUAAAGCUUAAAGGAAGUCAUUAAAAAAAAAGGCCAUUAAACUUUGAAAACUUGUGUAUUUUUAGGAAUGUAACUCCGUUCGGAGUUCUCAGACUGGAUGUUCUAGUGGAAUGCUCCGAAGUCUAUUUUAUCAUGAUCAUGCUGUCACUGAAUUGCAUUGAAAAGUGGAUCUGUUUACAGUCACUUGGUCUAUUUAUUUCUGCUUUUAGGGUUUUUACUUUGAUUUUAUUUUUUUUUAUAGCCGCUUUGGACUUACACAAAUGGUAAGCCUAAGCGGGCUUGCUUAGUACCUUGUUUACUGGAGCAUCUUCUUAUCUUUCCACAGAGUGAUGACAUUUUACCUUCUGGACUAAGUACCUUAAAAACAAAGAAAGAAGUCAAACUAAUUGCACUACUGUUUUCCUGACUGGAAAAGCAUAUUUGCAAGUGAAAUUGCGUUCGGUUUGUAAACUGAGAGAUAAGAGGAAAGCGGGGUGGGGGGGCGGGAGUCUAUUUUCACUUUAAAAUAGACUGGGGUUUUUAAGUAGAGCCUAGAAUUUCUAAAAAAUGUGAUUUCCACAAGAGACGCUAGUCAUUUUCUAUGAGAGGAUUAUUUACAUAGAGUUUUGAUAUAUGGACGUCCUGCCUUAGAGCGUAUUUUCUCCAGGGCUUUCACUGUCAUGUCGCAGUGUUAAUAACUGGCGGGAAAUAUGUCAAUAUUCGGCCUAAGCAAGGGCACCGGCUCUUGAUUCCUUAUGCAAGUGAUAAAGGUGAAAGUGACAGGACAAUACACAAAAAAGCAUCAAUACUGCAUAGUAAAUAGGGUAGUAAUGCUUGAAAAUGAGUUGCUUAUCUACUUAAAACAAGCAUGUCUGGCUAUGGCUAAACUGCAGCUCUCAGGCAUGCCAGCAGUCUGUAGGUAGCCUCUGGGAGUUGUAGUGCAGCAAUAGUCCCAUAUCGGACAUUCUUGUACCUUCGGUUAGAAUACUAGGAUAUCUGGCUGUGGCUAAACUGCAGUUCCCAGGCAUGCCAGCAGUCUGUAGGUGGCCUCUGGGAGUUGUAGUGCAGCAAUAGUCACAUAUCAGACAUUCUUGUACCUUCGGUUAGAAUACUAGGAUGUAUGGCUGUGGCUAAACUGCAGCUCUCGGGCAUGCCAGCAGUCUGGAGUGGCCUCUGUGAGUUGUAGUGCAGCAAUAGUCACAUAUCAGACAUUCUUGUACCUUCGGUUAGAAUACUAGGAUGUAUGGCUGUGGCUAAACUGCAGCUCUCAGGCAUGCCAGCAGUCUGGAGGUGGCCUCUGUGAGUUGUAGUGCAGCAAUAGUCACAUAUCGGACAUUCUUGUACCUUCGGUUAGAAUACUUUGAUGUAGAUUUUCAUUUUAAUAGCUGUGCCAGUUUCAAUAAAGGUCAGUUUUUACAGAUUCAUGUUAUAUUUAUUUUGGAACCAUUUAACCUUUUAUUCUACUCUUACUAACGCAAAAUAUCUACCUGGAGAAAUUGGCGAAAAGUUUUUUUUUUUGUUUGUUUGUUUUUGUUUUAAACAAGCUGUGAGGAAGCCGACCCAAGCCAUAGCUAAAUAGCAGCCAAGGGAUGUGCCCUGCAUACCCAGCUACCAUUUACGAAAAGGUGGAACUUUAUAUUUGCCAGUUGGUUUAAUGAGCUCUGUAGCAUGGCGCUUUGGUGUUGGAGCCGUGCAAGUUCUGACAUUUUGGCUACAAGCUAUUUGUCCGUCCACGCGCAGAGCAAAGGUGCUGCCCCCCCAAGUAAUACAUGCUUACAAACAUUCAUUUCCAAGCAUUACUUUUCCUUUCAGUGAAAUAAGCAAAGUAGACGAAUGUUUACAGGCAGGGGGUUACUGGAUUUGCUACACUUUGUACUGCAGGAAAGAAAGAAAGUUGGAGGCUUUUGGUGCCUUCUGAUAGGCUGCUCCACUGAGUAUAAACAUAGAAGCAUGCAGAUGUGCAAAGAAUACCUUAUGGUUUAUAUAUUGUGGAUAAAGUGUUACAGAAAAUUGUGUUUUUCACAGCUCCGAACUUGACACCAUUUGUAUUGUUCAGAUAUAUGCCAUAUCCAUUUGCACUGCCCCCACAAUUUCUAGCAAGCGCAGUGGGCACCAUAAACUGCCCCAAUGCCAGAUUUCUUCUCUCUGCCAGAAGAGGUUUGUACAUGUUGUAUAAUAGACAGAGUCACUUUUAAGAACUACUAAUACUUUUGCUACUACAGACACGUACGUCUACCCCUUUUGCCAUUUAUGUGUCAUUUUGUUGUUUUGCCUGUUAAAAUCUGAAUCACUAUAUUUAGAUCUGUUACAUUUCAGGAUGUUAACAUUUUCCAAUAAACUAAUUUAUUCGGUUU